UAUUGUUACCUCUUUUAAUUUUUCAUGUUAUCUUCUAGAGUUGUCCGUUGGCAUAAGCAUUUUUGUGUAGCUGUAAUCAGGGUAUGUCAGUAAGUCUAAACAGGAAAGCGGGAACACCAUCAAGUAUUUACCACAAAGGGAAUUUAAUACAGGCCUUCGUUACACAGGUGAUACAGAAGCUGAGAAGCCAAACAUGGAAAGGCGAGGUGACCCAGAGCUUAGUGGCAGGAGGUCACUCCUGGAAGAGUGGAAGAGGUGGUGUGACCGGAGCCCAGGGUCAGGGUCAGCGGUGGGCCUGUGUAGAGCAGAUGCAGCUGCUUCUGUUAGAAAUGCCCACCCAAGGCAGAAAGGGAGAGAGGGGAGAAAUGCCCUGGCCGCUCCCUUCCUCCCACCUUCCACUCUCCCACAAGUUCCUGCUGUUGUCCAAACCCCCCAGUAGCCCCCCUGACACGAGGCCUAGAAAGUCAGGAGUCAGCCCUGGGGAUACAGAGCAGAGGACAGGAAGAUGAGUAAGGGAUUGGAGGACACACAGCACCGGGACCAGCCUAGGGCGCCAGCCUCCUGUUCUAACUUGACAUUGUCAUAAGCAUCUCCUUGUGUCUCCACGUGGUCUUAAUGACACAUUAUUUCAAGUAGAUGUACCAGAGUUAACCUAACCGUUGGGAGAGUGCUUAAAUUGAUGAUAAAUCAGCGGUUCUCAAAUUGUGGUCCCCAACCAGCAAGUAUCAACAUCACCCAGGAACUUGUUAGAGUCUCAGGCCUUACCCCAGACCUUCCCGCUCAGAACCCCUGGGCUCAUGGCCCAGAAGAAGUCUGUGUUUCCUCUGGAGGACGCUGACACACGUUGAAAUUUGAGAACCACUGUUACAGGCGAUCCUGCACCUCACUAAAGGUGGGGACAGGAUAGUGAGGGUACUGUUGGUCAGGGGUCUUUAUAGAGAGAAGUGUGGUGUGGAAGGAAAGGCCCAAGACUCCAGGGCUGUGCACCUCUAAGGUCAAGCCUUCUCCCUGCCCUUAGCUUCCCUGGGUGAUUGUUUUCUAUUUUGUUCAGCUAAAAAUACCAGAUCAUCCCAGUGGUGGUAUUAUGAGGAUUAAAUGAAAUAAUGGGCAUGAUGUGCCCUAUAUGUUGGGUCGUCUGGAGCUUUGGGGAAGGAAAUGUGGCAAUAGCAGCCCACUUCUGGGCCCUAGGACAUUGGCCCUGGUGCCAGAACCUGAGGGGUGUAGUCUAAAAGUCAAUGAUGAACACUUAGGAGGUUGAAAGUGAGCUUUAAGGCAAUAGGAAUCUUGGACUGAGGGUUCCAGAUCUGUAGUCAAGUUUCCCCUCCCCACCCCGUGUUUAUUAGUGGUGCUGACCUGACUCUGUGACUGCCACUAUCUUGUCACUCUUUCUUGUCUGGCCAUUUGGUGCCGUGGAAAGGACCCUGGUCUCAGGCCAGGACCCCUGGUUUCCCGUGCUGGCUGUGUCUUCUUGGGUGAGUCACUUACCUGAGCUGCGCUUUUCAUAUUUGUAAAAUGUCCCCCGUCACUGACCGUGGUGCGGAUCAGGUGGGAUGAUGGAUGUGAAAUCGGCCUUGAACUUCAGUGGACCCCUUGAAUAUAAAGCUUUAGGAUCCACACCUCCACCGGGGCCCUUUGCCAGCCUUGCCGUCUCCAUAAACCUCUUACUCUCCUCCCAAAGCAGGAGGUGCUUCAUCCAGCCCAGGCAGGCAUCUGGGUGCAUCCUUGUUCUAACAGUGACCUGUAGGAAGGCACCAGGCCGGGGAUCUUCCACACAUCUUUCUCUUGCAAUCCUCCCAGCAGCCUUACCGAGGAGGGAGUCUUACAAGAAGUAACCAAGGCCCAGAUAGCUGAAGAGGAAGGAUGUAAACAAACCCAGUCCUGAGGGGACAGACUGAGGCACAGUUGGCCUCAGAGUCAUCCACAGAGUUGCUGUUACUAAGAAGGGAAAGGGGAACUGGGUAAAGGUCCUGCUGACUUACGGUGAUAUAUCAGGCCUGCAAGUAUUGUGGAUGCAAUUGACAAGCCAGUUGGAGCCUGGCUUCCCGACAGAGACCCACGCAGCCAGUGUUCCCAUCUUAUUGCCUCUGGCAGCACCUGAGAGAAACCUUGGAUCAGUGGGAGGACCAGCCAGCAUCCUCCUGCAGACCUGGAUGCCUUCCACAGUUAAUGGCUGAGGAAGCUGAGGCUUAGAGAAGUCAAAUGGUUUACCUGAGGUCACCCAGGCCAGGAAUCUGAGCCCAGAUCGCAUCCUUUCUGGUCCAGGGCUCUUUGCAUGACCCCAAGUGUUUCCUAGAUCCAGGCCUGACCAGCACUUGGCAGUUUUCCAUAAGCUUUCCCAGCCUCUCUCUGGGGGUCCUCAGGGUAGGCAGUAGGUCUGCCUGAGGCGGCCGGCGUUGGGUGGUCUGCGGUGUGACAAGUCCAGUGAAUCAGCCUAAAUCCAGGGGAGGUCAGAAGAUGCGUCAUCCUCCAGCCAGCAGACAUUAUCCUGCUGUUUGGGUUGCAACUGGAAGUGACAUCAGGAUGGGAUGUGAAGCCUCUGGGACGGGAGGACACGCUGCUUCCAUUCAUCCCACACUUGGGGGUCAGUGGGGGCCAUCUUCCCACCUGUUAGCUCCUCCCAGACAGGGCUGAGGGCGUCUACCUAGCCAUCUCCUAAGGUAGACUCAGCACUAAACAAUCUCAUUGUGCAAGCUCUGCUGAGAAUCGCUGCCCUGAGGAGAAGGCUGGGGCGGGGCAGGGCAGGGCAGGGUGUGUUAACAUGGAACGGGCCUGCUCAGGCAGGUCCUAAGGACUCUAAAUAACUGUGUUGGAGGCAGGACCUGAGCUUUUAACUCAGUAAAUACAUGGUAUUUCGAAUAUAGCCCGGAUGAUCUGAGGAUCACAAUUACCUGAGAUCUGCCUUACAGGCAUUUAGGGAAACAAACGGGGGCUGCGCGCUAACCUAGGUCCCUGGAUGGCCGGCUGCAGGUGUCCCACCGGAAGGGGCUCCCCCAUGUCAUCUACUGCCGUCUGUGGCGAUGGCCCGACCUACAUAGCCACCAUGAGCUGCGGGCCAUGGAGCUGUGUGAGUUCGCCUUCAACAUGAAGAAGGACGAGGUCUGCGUGAAUCCCUACCACUAUCAGAGGGUGGAGACCCCAGUUCUACCUCCUGUGUUGGUGCCACGCCACACAGAGAUCCCGGCCGAGUUCCCCCCGCUGGACGACUACAGCCAUUCCAUCCCCGAAAACACUAACUUCCCCGCCGGCAUCGAGCCCCAGAGCAAUAUUCCAGAAACCCCACCCCCAGGCUACUUGAGUGAAGAUGGAGAGACCAGUGACCACCAGAUGAACCACAGCAUGGACGCAGGUUCUCCAAACCUAUCCCCGAAUCCGAUGUCCCCAGCACACAAUAACUUGGACCUGCAGCCCGUCACCUACUGCGAGCCGGCCUUCUGGUGUUCCAUCUCCUACUACGAGCUCAACCAGCGCGUCGGGGAGACAUUCCACGCCUCACAGCCGUCCAUGACAGUGGAUGGCUUCACCGAUCCCUCCAACUCAGAGCGCUUCUGCCUGGGGCUGCUCUCAAAUGUCAACAGGAACGCGGCCGUGGAGCUGACGCGGAGGCAUAUCGGGCGAGGCGUGCGGCUGUACUACAUCGGAGGCGAGGUCUUCGCAGAGUGCCUCAGCGACAGUGCCAUCUUUGUCCAGUCUCCCAACUGUAACCAGCGCUACGGCUGGCACCCAGCCACCGUCUGCAAGAUCCCACCAGGAUGCAACCUGAAGAUCUUCAACAACCAGGAGUUUGCCGCCCUCCUGGCUCAAUCUGUCAACCAGGGCUUCGAGGCCGUGUACCAGCUGACCCGGAUGUGCACCAUCCGCAUGAGCUUCGUCAAGGGCUGGGGAGCCGAGUACAGGAGACAGACCGUGACCAGCACCCCCUGCUGGAUCGAGCUGCACCUGAAUGGGCCUUUGCAGUGGCUUGACAAGGUCCUCACCCAGAUGGGCUCCCCAAGCAUCCGCUGCUCCAGUGUGUCUUAGAGACGUUGGGUGUGAAGGGGGAGGGCGGGGAGGGUGGGCUUGGGGAAAAUGGCCAUGUAGGAGGUGGAGAAAUCAGAACUCAAAUCACGGUUGUCAAAGAAGAAGAAAUUUUUCUCCCUCAACCAAAGUGGCACGAGCCUGUUUUACAGAACAUGAAAGCAAACCCAGAGAUGGAUUUUUAUGAACAGCUGUGUCUGCUGAACACAUCUGCCCUUUGGCCCUGGUGCGAAGGGCAAGAAAUGGCUUCUGCUCUGGUGGCUUGAGCAAACAGGUAGUAUUUUACCACCUGCCCCCUCCCCCAGCCCCCUUUUCUUUUAAUGACAGCAAACUGAGAUGUCACUGCCCAACAAGAAACGGCCCUGUGGUCAGGACCGAGUGCGGAAUUCGCCUUGGGCACUCUAGAGGCAGGGAGAAGCCGGCAGGCAGGGGUAUAAGCGCACCUCGGGCCCAGCCCUCCUCUUCCAGUGAGCAUUCCUGAACCCCAGCAGCGGCAGACCUUGCACCCUGGGGGCUGAAUUGACUUGGGGUGGGGAGGGGUCUUGUCUGUCUCCACCCUUCGGGGAGCAUACUGAUUGGUGUGAGCGAGUGUGUCCAGAACCGAGCACACAGGGACCGGUGGGAAGAGGUGGUGACACCUCUUCUUUAAAAACACUCUUAAAGUUGUCUGCAUUUUCAGCAGUUGGAAGGAUCUGUCGAGGCUCAGGCACGUAGGAAGUGUAUAGUUUGUAGCAUCACGGUAAUCUCAAAGAGAUUUGAAUUAUGUGAAGUGUUCCCGGGAAGCAGGAGGCAGUUGUCCGUGAUGGUGUUCAGGCUGAGGCAGCACCACCACGGUGCGCGGGUCUCCGGUCACCUGUAAGAGCUCGCUCCGCUUUCUCAUGCAUUCGGCUACAUUGGCUGAUGUAGUCAGUUGCGUUAAUUAAAUGAACUUUAUCGUAUGCUCUUUUAAACCUUUGUUUUAUAUUAAAAAAAAAAAAAAACACCCUGGGUUGGCACGUUGAUUGGGAAACCAGAGGGGGACCCAGCAACUUCUUCCCCAAAGUGAAGCUUUUCCAGGUUUUGUUGAGAAGACACCUGCCAGCACUUUUGGAAGCUGAAAUUAACAGAAGCAAAUUCACCAGGAGGGAAAGAUCUCAGGCCAACACAAAAGCAAAUGAAAGGGCUAUUAAAAAAUUUUUUUACACCUUUGAAAAUUGCAGGUUUGGUGCAAAGAGGUCUGUCAUCUUUCCCCUGGGAUAUGAGAUUAUCUAGCUCACAGUAGAGGAUCAUCAGUGACAACUCUAGCAGUUACAAUGUGUAAUAAGUACUGCUCCCAGUGGCAAUUAGUGAGGAAACUACUAUAAGUUAUUUCAACUGGAAAAAAAAAAAAAGAGCCCUCUUCUACUGGCCUUUUGCAGAAUACAGCAGAUGGAAUUGCCACUUGCAAUUGGUACUUUAUACUUUGCUGCUGUUUUUGUAUGAAAUGACUUAUCCCAUAUUUUUGCAUGGAUUUCUACCAGGAAAAAUAAAGGGAUUUCCUAUGGAAGUCCUGUCUUAAUUGCAGGUGAAGGGAAGAAAGUGUACACUUUUGGCAGGUAUAAACCUCAAAUGUGAUGACAUUUCUGAUGCUAUGUGGAGAUGUUGGGGGCUUCCUAGGUGCCUCACUUACAGGAUCCUAGGCCUCUGAAGCUCCAGCCCUGAAGUUUCCAGGUAGGAGAGCUGCUUGCCAAGCCUCCAGAGGACACAGGAAGAGACGAGAGUACCUGGCCAGACCUGGACUGGCCUUUGCGCAGGACUGUCGACACAGAGCCGGAGACGGUGUGUAGUCCCUCACUCCACCUGAGGGGGCCAGAUACUGCAAGUCUGAAGUUCGUGCCUGGUAUGAAAUGAUGGUGGACUGCUUCUUUUAGAUACAGGAAAUCAUCUGAACCUCCCGGAUGUGUGUUCCUGCUCCCAGUCAGGUCUGAGACUCACGGUAUGACUUCUUAUUCCAUUUUGGCCUCGGCUGAAGCCAUCGUGGUGCCCCCUCUAGAAGCCAUGGGGAGCAGUCUCUGAGGGCCCGCGUUCUCCACCUGCUAACGUGAUCUCCUGUGAGGGCGUCCUACGGCGCACAGCUGUCCCCCAGGUACUUGGAAACCGGCUUCAGGUACAGCCCAAUUUGGGUGAUCUUGUUGGUCACAUCUGGCUGCAUUUGGAUGGUGUCUCAGAACCCUCAGUGCUCAAAGCUAAAGGCUACUUCUAGGAGGCAUGAAGUUUUAAUUUUGUGUUUUUCCGAAAGCUACUUGCUUGGCCCUUUUUCUUUAUAGACUAGACUGCUGGAGGAGGAGGAUGACAGGAAAAAGUGGGGAAGCCCACCUUCAGCACCAUUGAAAAGAAAUUUGGUUGUACCCAGAGGUUAGGAUCUGGUUUCAUUCCCACCCUAGAGGCUGCGUAGGUGGCUUUGAGGCACAUGUAAUAUUAGUGUCCUUCAAGUCAUAAAAAUAGUUUAAAAAUCCUACUGCCUGAAGGCAUUUAUACAUUGAAAAACUUAAAGGACAGCUGAAAGGGGCAGGAGGCAAUCGGGGCAGUUCUGGGGGGUGACGGUGGCUGUUGGAGACCCUUUUCAGUGCCGUUGUCCAGGCUGCACAACGCGCCUUGCUUCCCUGCCCCGGGCUCCCCGCCAGGCCACCUUCACCUUGCGGCUUGUGCUGACGCUGACCUGAGAGCAGCUAGAGCGCGGGGGCCCUGGAUCCUGGCCUCAGCGCCUCCCUCAGGAGCCAGCUUGUAUUCCCUUUCCUCUCCGCCCACUCCCUCCCCCCUCCUAACUUUAUUUAGUACUUGGAGCCUUCCAGAGCAAGUAGGUAGCCGCCCCAGCGGUUCGGGUUACAGGCCUGUGCUGGCCAGUCUUCUCUGCUGGCCACCUUCCUGGCAGGCUGCAGAUCUGACAUUCUGAGACAAGCCCAGAGUCAGGAGCGGGGACUUGGACUCUUAGGAAGAACAGACAUGAGGGCAAGGCUGCUGGCAGACUUUUCCAUUGUCCUUAUGUUGUCUGUGCUGUAUUUUUUUAUUUACCAUGGUGAUUAUUUUUUUAAAUCAUUGUUAAUGUAUUGGAAUGAGCUGUAGCACGUAUCUUGUGCUUAGUUUGUUUUUCUCCAUCUCCCUCUGGCUUCCUAGAGUUUGGACGUAUUCCAGGGCUAAAUGCUUUUACUCACACCGCAGAAAAAGGUUUUCUUUAAGUAACGUGUGCAUGUCAUGCAUGUAUGUGAGUAGCUUGGGGAGACGGCAGAUAUCUGAUUUCAUUCUCAGCCCCAAGCUGCCAUUUCUGGGCCCCGUGAGGGUCUCUGCGGGGUGAGAGCUCACAUUAGAGCUCUCAUUAGGCCACUCUCUGUAGUCCUUAAAAGGAGAAGGGAGGGACAGGAAUCUGCAGACUGCUCAGGGGACUGUUUACUAAGGGGGUUACCAAGUAGCAAGAGAGGGCAUGAGUUUGGUUCCGGGCCCUGUGUCUUACUGUGUGACUAAGUGGCACAGUUGGGAGUUUUUCCCAAAUCUACAUCUUUGCUAGAAGAAAACCUCAACACGGCUAAGUUGUACCAUUUUUCUUGGUGUGGCAUAGCUGUUCCCUUCUCGAACCCCUUCAAGUGACAGUCUUUCAGGAGUAUCAGCCACUCCGCAAGUGGGUGGGAAAGCAGAAAAACGUAUGGAUCAAAAAUGAGGCACCUCUGAUGGAAGAGCGGGGAAAUGACUUGCGCUACAGGCAACCUUUCAGAAAGCACAGCUACCACAUGCAAAAACUCGCGUAUUGUGUAAACUGGAUUGAGAAAUUCUCUCAAGUGAUCCUGUAAUUUUUUUCUUUUAUGCUAAAGUAAUGUACACUCGAGCAUUCUGGUGUUUUUAUAUUUAUGUAAUAAUUUCUUAAAACCAUUCAAGACAGAUAACUAUUUAAUUUUUUGAAGAAAGUUGGAAAAGGCUCUCCUCCCAAGGACAGUGGCUGGGAAGAGACGGGGCACAGCCAGUUCCAAACGCUGGUAGAGGGUGCAGUGGCUUUUGGGCUCAGCACCUGGGACGACUGACCCAGGCUGGCUCCCCACGUGGCAGCAUGUGACACAGGCAGCUCAGAGUCGAAUACAGGCCCUUACGUGGGGGCCUCUGAACCAAGCCCCUCUCCCUUCCUAGGGGUGAGAACUGUCCAGAGGGAUGAAGCCAUCUUCCUCCAGGAAGCCUUCAUUCACCCUCAGUGCUGCUGUUGCAACUAGGCUGUUCUGGGCAGGACGCCUGUUGGGGUGUGCGUUUGGGUGGGGAAAAAGAACGCGGAGGAUGUUGAUUACCUUCCCUUCUCAGCCAGCCUGACCUUUUAAUACCUUUGUAAGAAGCAUGUAUGUAUUUAUAGUGUUUUAGAUUUUUCUAACUUUUAUCUUAAGAGCAGAGCACCUGUUUAAGCAUUGUACCCCCUAUUGUUAAAGAACUGUGUCCUCUCUCUCCCCUGUAAGUGCCCUUCUAAUAAACUUUUCAUUGAAAAGC